CGGGUGUUUCCUGGCUACGCGGGGAAGUGCAGAGCCGCGGAGCGGGAGCCGCGUUUCUUUCCCCCCCCCAACUCCGCCCCACACCCCGCCUCCUUCCCGGGCGCCCGAUCUACCAUGAGACCCGCCACCUUCCCGCUCCUGCCUGACCCCGGCUGCCUCCUCCUCGUCCUCCUCCUGGUGUCUUGGCUUUUUAAUCCAGCAAGAAGUGAAAUAACAAGUCUAGAUAGUGGAAAUAUAGAUGACAUUUUAAACAAUGCAGAUGUUGCUUUAGUUAAUUUUUAUGCCGAUUGGUGCCGCUUCAGCCAAAUGCUGCAUCCUAUUUUCGAGGAAGCUUCGAAUGUAAUUAAGGAAGAAUACCCAGAUAAGAAUCAAGUGGUGUUUGCGAGAGUAGACUGUGAUCAGCAUUCGGAUAUAGCACAGAGAUACAGAAUAAGCAAAUAUCCGACUCUGAAACUCUUCCGGAAUGGAAUGAUGAUGAAGAGAGAAUACAGGGGUCAGAGAUCUGUGACAGCAAUAGCAGACUAUAUCAGGCAGCAGAAGAGUAAUCCCAUUCGGGAGGUCCAAGAUUUGGAAGAAAUUAAUUCUCUUGAUCGCAGCAGAAGAAAUAUUGUUGGAUACUUUGAGCAAAAGGACUCUGACAAUUACAGGACCUUUGAAAGAGUAGCGAAUAUUUUGCAUGAUGACUGUGUAUUCCUGUCUGCCUUUGGGGCUGUUUCUAAAGCAGAGAGAUUUAGCGGAGACAAUGUAAUCUACAAGCCACCAGGGGAAAAUGCUCCAGAUAUGGUGUAUUUGGGCUCACUAACCAAUUUUGAUUUGAUUUAUGCAUGGACACAAGAUAAAUGCGUACCACUAGUUCGAGAAAUUACAUUUGAAAAUGGGGAGGAACUGACAGAAGAAGGUCUUCCUUUUCUCAUUCUUUUCCACAUGAAAGAUGACUUGGAGAGUUUAGAGAAAUUCCAGCAGGAGGUUGCACGACAAUUAAUAAGUGAAAAAGGUACAAUUAACUUCCUCCAUGCUGACUGUGAUAAAUUCAGGCACCCACUCCUCCACAUUCAGAAGACUCCAGCAGACUGCCCUGUUAUUGCCAUCGAUAGCUUCAGGCACAUGUAUGUCUUUCCAGACUUCAGUGACUUGUCAGUUCCAGGUAAACUGAAGCAAUUUGUACUAGACUUGCAUUCUGGAAAAUUGCAUAGAGAGUUUCAUCAUGGCCCUGAUCCAACUGAUAUAGCACCUGGUCAGCCAGUUCAGGAUGUAGCAAGCAGCCCACCAGAGAGCUCAUUCCAGAAACUGGCCCCCAGUGAACAUAGGUACACCUUAUUGAGGGAAAAAGAUGAACUUUAAAAACUUGAAAUAAUCUUGCAAGCCUUUCAGACAGCAGCAUUGACUUCUGUGUGGUGGAAAUAGUAAACCUAUAUUUUCAUAAUUCUAUGUGUAUUUUUAUUUUGAAUAAACUGAAAAAAAUAAUGUUUUUUUCUCCCCA